UUGACCAGUCCUUCACAGAUAUAAAGGUAUUGUAGAUAUUGGAGUCUUUGAUAAGAUAGCGUCGCAUUUUUGGUUGGCGCAAGCAUGAAAGGUGUGCAUUGAAAGAAGAGCUCCUAACGUCAAGCAAGUCGGUGUUCAGACGCUGACAUUAUAAGCAGCAUCUCCCUGCGGUCUUAACGGUUGCAAUGAGAGUUAGCUGGAAAAGGCCACGCAUACAUCAGCUUCAAAAUUGCCACCAAAACGACCAUGCAGAAAGUGCAAGGGUCAGCGCAACUGGAAACUUUGCGUUUGCCCAAGUGGCGGGUAUAAGUUUCAGCCCAAUUGAUGAAAGAGAUCUUGAACAGGAAUCGGAUAAUUUAAUCUGUGUGGGAAAAUACAACGCAAUUGAACUGUCGGUUGAAUACGUGUUUUCAGAUAGCUGAGUUGAAGAAAAUCGCCCGAUGAAUUUUCGGCGCCAAUGUUUUCCUAAAGGGUAAGCAAUUCGAGGUGCUGUGACAGAGGGAAUGUUUUAAGAUGACCAUGCUCACGCAAGAACACUUACAGGGAAUAUCAAUAUUACAAGUCCAGAGCAAUCAGUUGAUUUCAACAUCAUACCCCACCAACGCCCUUACUUCAGAUGGAGCGAGAAGCAGGGACGGAUGAAGGUUAUCGCUUUGCUUUGCAUGCGAAUUAAGAAAAAAAUACGAAGUAGAUGAGUGGACGAAGUGCCAGACCUCGAUUAUGACGUCUUCGAUGCAUUAGUUGCGUUAAAAGUGCCUGUAAACCUUUUCGAGACGACCAGGAACAGCAGAAAGACCUGUUCUUUUUGAUAAUUAACCGACAUCACUCGGCGGACCCUUUGUGUGACAGAGUUUUUU